GGGGCGACCAGACAGGUCAACACCGCAGCGGUUCCCCAAGGCGGGGAGCGGGAAGCCGGGAGCCACCCGGCCGGCACAGGAGGAGGCGCUUCCGGUGCGCCGCCAGGGACCGAAGCCGAGGCGGACCGGAAGUCUCUUGUGCGCGUGCUCCGCGGCGGAGGAAGGCGGAGGUGGGGGUCCAGGCCGCCUGAGGGGAGCUCUUGUUGCUGGUUGCUGGGUUUUGGGGCUGCGGGAGACUUUGGCUGUUGGUUUAGUGCCAUGCAUCCUUUACAGUGUGUCCUGCAAGCACAGAGAUGGGGCCCCUUGGCUUCUGUGUCCUGGCUGCUGUUCAGGACCUGCAGGGCACAGAGUAGUGUCCACGGCACCACAUGUCCCGGUCCAGGGAGGCAGCAGGAAAAUGGAGUUCAGAAGGAUUUCAGCUCUAGGCUGGCUGCUGGCCCGACUUUUCAGCAUUUUUUAAGAAGUGCUUUAGAUCCUCAAGAGAAGCCUGACGUGGAGGACCCACCCCCCUAUCUCACAGUGGAUGAACUUUCUGGGAGGCAGAGAAAAGUCUACCUGGAGACCUAUGGCUGUCAGAUGAAUGUGAAUGACACAGAGAUAGCCUGGUCUGUCUUACAGAAGAGUGGCUACCUGCGCACCAGGAACCUCCAAGAGGCUGAUGUGAUCCUCCUUGUCACAUGUUCUAUCAGGGAGAAGGCUGAACAGACCAUCUGGAAUCGUUUACAUCAGCUUAAAGCCCUGAAGACAAAACGGCUCCGCUCCCGAGUGCCUCUGAGGAUUGGGAUUCUAGGCUGCAUGGCUGAGAGAUUGAAGGAGGAGAUCCUCAACAGGGAGAAAAUGGUGGAUAUUUUGGCUGGUCCAGAUGCCUAUCGGGACCUUCCUCGGCUGCUGGCUGUUGCCGAGUCAGGUCAACAAGCUGCCAAUGUGCUGCUCUCUCUGGAUGAGACCUAUGCUGAUGUCAUGCCAGUCCAGACAAGCCCCAGUGCUACAUCAGCCUUCGUGUCUAUCAUGCGAGGCUGUGACAAUAUGUGCAGCUACUGCAUCGUCCCUUUCACUCGUGGACGGGAGAGGAGUCGGCCUGUUGCUUCCAUUCUAGAGGAAGUGAGGAAGCUUUCUGAGCAGGGGCUGAAAGAAGUGACACUCCUUGGUCAGAAUGUUAAUAGUUUUCGGGACAGUUCAGAGGUCCAGUUCAACAAUGCAGUGUCUACCAACCUCAGCCGUGGCUUCUCCACCAACUAUAAACCCAAGCAAGGAGGCCUUCGUUUUGCUCACCUUCUGGAUCAUGUCUCCAGAGUAGAUCCUGAAAUGAGGAUCCGUUUCACUUCUCCCCACCCCAAAGACUUUCCUGAUGAGGUUCUGCAGCUGAUUCAUGAGAGAGACAACAUCUGUAAACAGAUCCACCUACCAGCCCAGAGUGGAAGCAGCCGUGUAUUGGAGGCCAUGCGGAGGGGAUAUUCAAGAGAAGCUUAUGUGGAGUUAGUUCAUCAUAUCAGAGAAUCUAUUCCAGGUGUGAGCCUCAGCAGCGAUUUCAUUGCUGGCUUUUGUGGUGAGACAGAGGAAGAUCACCUCCAGACGGUGUCUUUGCUUCGGGAAGUUCAGUAUAACAUGGGCUUCCUCUUUGCCUACAGUAUGAGACAGAAGACCAGGGCAUAUCACAGGCUGAAAGAUGAUGUUCCAGAAGAGGUGAAAUUAAGGCGUUUGGAGGAGCUUAUUACUGUCUUUCGAGAAGAAGCAACAAAAGCCAACAUGGCCUCUGUGGGUUGUACCCAGCUAGUGCUGGUGGAGGGGCACAGUAAACGCUCUGCCACGGACCUGUGUGGCCGGAAUGAUGGAAACCUUAAAGUGAUCUUCCCUAAUGUAGAGAUGGAGGAUGUUUCUAACUCUGGGGUCAGGGUUAGAGCUCAGCCUGGGGACUAUGUGCUGGUGAAGAUUACGUCCACCAGCUCUCAGACACUUAAAGGACAUGUUCUCUGCAGGACCACCCUGAAGGACUCCUCAGCAUAUUGCUGACCUGAGUAGAUGGCCUUAGAGUUGACAUGGGCUGUCCUUCCUGACAGGAAGGGAGAUAGGACUGGUCACUAAAGAAAGAGGUAAUGACGCUCUGGAGACAAGCUGCAAGUGGUGAAGCAACUUCAUGUCAAAUGGAAAAUGUGUCUCUUUGCUGUUAUGUGAACAGCUCUUAUAGUCAUUAAAUUUACCGCAAGUAAAGUGGUUCCUUUGUCUCUCUUCUUUUACUUCACUUUUGUCUUGGUUAGUGUUUCUGGGAUUUUCCCUACAGUCUGUUCUGUGUUAAGUGUUUUCCAACCCAGUUCUUGCUGUGGAUACUGCUAACCUCUCUGAUUUUGUACCCUGGACCCUAGGAGUUAGAGACUGAAGGAGGGGAAGAUGGAGGGAACUCUUCAGGAAAAACUGCUCUAGAUCUUUCUAAUAUUUUGGUUUAAUGAAUUGACUCAGUGCCUAUGUCCUUACUUUAUUGUCAUAUUUUACCUGAGGAUUUCCCUCAUGGACCUUUUUUUUCUGCCUGUCAGUUCAUUCUUUGCCCUUAGGUCUGGCAUCACUUGGGUUGUUUUUGUUUUCUGAUUUUUUAUAGUAUGAUUUUAUUUUAUUAUUUUAUUAUUUAUUUCUUUUUGUUUUUAUGUUAUUUUAUGUUUUUGUUUUAAUUCCGUUUAGUUAACUGUUAUAUAUAACUAAUAUGUUAGUUUCAGGUGUACAAUAUAAUGAAUCAACACUUACAUACAUUGUUCUGUGUUCAUCACAAGUGUACUCCUUAAUCUCCAUCACCUAUUUAAUCCAUCCCCCUACUGCUUCCCCUCUGGUAGCCAUCAGUUCUCUAUAAUUAAGAGUCUUUUUUUUUUUUUUUUUUGAUAUGUCUCUCUCUUAUUUUAUUCCCUUUACUUGUUUUGUUCCUUAAAUUCUGCCUAUGAAUGAAAUCAUACAGUGUUUGUUUGUAUUGGACGUUUGAAUUACUGUUCUUUUAUUCUUUGGGUAAAUACCUAGUAGUAUAAUUGCUGGAUCAUAAGGUAGUUAUGCUUUUUUAAAGUUUUUAUUUAUUUAUUUUGAGAGAGAAAGCACGAGCAGGGGAGGGGCAGAAAGAGAGGAGAGAGCAAGAAUCCCAAGCAGGCUCCACACUGCCAGCAUGGAGCCUGAUGCAGGGCUCAGACUCCUGAACCAUGAGAUCAUGACCUGAUCUGAAGUUGGACGCUUAACCAACUGAGCCACCAUGCUCAGGUAGUUAUAUUUUUAACCCUUUUUUUAAAAGUUUAUUUAUUUUGAGAGAGAGCACAAGUGGAAGAGAGGCAGAGAGAGAGGGAGAGAGAGAAUCCUAAACAGGCUCUGUGCUGUGAACAUGGAGCCCGAUGUGGGGCUCGAUCUCACGAACUGUGAGAUCACGACCUGAGCCGAAAUCAAGAGUCAGAUGAUUAACCAACUAAGCCACCCAGGCGCCCCUGUUUUUAACUUUCUGAGGAACCUCCAUACUGUUGUCCACAGUGGCUGCACCAGUUUGUAUUCCCACCAACAGUACAUGAGUGUUCCUUUUUUUCCACAUCUUCACCAACACCUGUGUCUUGAUUUUAGCCAUUCUGACAGUCGUGAGGUGACAUUUCAUUAUAGUUUUGAUUUGCAUUUCUCUGAUGAUAAGUGCUGAUGAACAUCUUGUGUCCAUUGGUCAUCUGUAUGUCUUCUUUGGAAAAAUGUCUAUUCAUGUCUUCUACCCAUUUUUUAAUUGGAUUAUUUGUUUUUUUGGGUGUUGAGUUUUAUAAAUUCUUUAUGUAUUUUGGAUACUAACCCUUUAUGUGUAUGUCAUUUGCAAAUACCUUCUUUGAUUCUCUAGAUUGCCUUUUAGUUUUGUUGAUUGUUUUCUUUGCUAUGCAGAGGCUUUUUAUUUUGAUGUAGCCCCAAUAGUUUAUUUUUGAUUUUGUUUCCCUUGCUUCAGGAGUUAUAUCUAGAAAGAAGUUGCUACAGAUGAUGUCAAAGAAGACUGCCUGUGUUCUCUUUUAGGAUUUUUAUGGUUUUGAACCUCACAUUUAGGUCUUUUCAUCCAUUAAAAAAAGCACAGCACAGAGCCUGACGUGGGGCUCAAAUACACAAACCAUGAGAUCAUGACUUGAGCCAAAGUCAGAUGCUUAACCAACUGAGCCACCAAGGCGCUCCAUCAUCCAUUUUAAAUUUAUAUUUGUGUGUGAUGUAAGAAAGUGGUCCAGUUUCAUUCUUUUGCAUGCUGCUGUCCAGCUUUCCCAGCACCAUUUGUUGAAGACACUGUCUUUUUUCCCAUUGGACGUUCUUCCUGCUUUGUCAAAGAUUAAUUGACCAUAUAGUUGUGUAGUUGUGGGUUCAUUUCUGGAUUUCCUAUUCAGUUCUGUUGAUCUAUAUGUCUAUUUUUGUGCCAGUACUGUACUGUUUUGAUUACUACGGCUUUGUAAUAUAACUUGAAGCCCAGAAUUGUGAUGCCUCCAGCUUUGUUUUCUUUUUCAAGGUUGCUUUGGCUAUUUGGGUUGGUUGGUGGUUCCCUGCAAAUUUUAGGAGUGUUUGUUUUAGCUCCGUAAAAAAAAAACGAUGUUGGUGUUU